GCUCUCGGGAACCGAGCUCGGAGCAACCGGCUGUCGGGACCGGAGGGGAGACGGACCGGGGCGCGGGCUGGGACAGCAGCCCGGACGGCAGCGGGACCCGCGCGUGCCAGGGGCGCCAGGCGAAGCGGGCCGAGAGGCGGGGUCUCAGCCCAGAGGGUACCUUCUGCAGACAUGUCCGUGGAUCCCUUAUCCAGCAAAGCCCUGAAGAUCAAGCGCGAGCUGAGCGAGAACACGCCACACCUGUCGGACGAGGCCCUGAUGGGGCUGUCGGUGCGCGAGCUGAACCGGCACCUGCGGGGGCUCUCCGCCGAGGAGGUGACGCGGCUCAAGCAGCGGCGCCGCACGCUCAAGAACCGCGGCUACGCGGCCAGCUGCCGCGUGAAGCGCGUGUGCCAGAAGGAGGAGCUGCAGAAGCAGAAGUCGGAGCUGGAGCGCGAGGUGGACAAGCUGGCGCGCGAGAACGCCGCCAUGCGCCUGGAGCUCGACGCGCUGCGUGGCAAGUGCGAGGCGCUGCAGGGCUUCGCGCGCUCCGUCGCCGCCUCCCGCGGGCCCUCCGCGCUCGUGGCUCCCGCCAGCGUCAUCACCAUCGUCAAGUCGGCUCCGAGCCCCGGCCCGGGCCCUGCCCCUGGCCCUGCGCCGGCCGCCUGCUCCUAGUGCCCUCUGCGCCUGACCACGCCCUGUUCCCCAAACCACUCCCCUGACCCCUGACCCCAGCUCCCGUCCCGAAGUGCCUAGACGCAACCUCUGUCCCCAGGUGCCAUUUCUCUGCAGCCACCAGCCCCUGUGGUUAUCACAGGUUCUCUCCCCGGAGCCUGUCUUCCUUGUGCGGUCCCUGAAACUGGGACCUAAUAUCCCUGGGAAGGGGCAACUUUGGUGAGAUAGGAGGUAGAGUGGGGCUGGGGUCGAGGGUCUCCCUUGGCUGAAAGCUCAGCCUUAGAUUGGGAGGAUGGAAUACGGAGCGGAUUCGAUUAGAGGCAUGGAGAAGAGGGCCACCCCUCAUUUUGUAAACUGCUCAAAUUGUGCCAAUGGCCCCUCCCCAUCCGCAUGGGAUUCAGCACUAGGUUUGGCCUGUAUGUCUUGUGGGUCUGCCCACCGGGAAGCUGAUGCUCCCACCUCUGCCGUGGGCCUGGGGAAAUCACCCAGUGAAGCCCAGUUAGCAGGUGGGGAAAGAGGCCUCCAGUGGGUGGGCCACAUAUGCUCAGUGGCUGGGCUGGAACUUAAGCCCAGUCCUCCCACUGCUGUCCUGAGAUCCCAGCCAUGGUUGUGGAGGACAGUGAACAGGGUCUGGAAACAGGUGGAAGGGCUGCGGUGGCCUGGGACCCGGCUCUCUGUGAGCCAAGGUAAGAGAAGUAAAAGGAAAGAGAAGGUGAUGCCGAUGGAAGAGAGGGAAGGAGUUGGCAAGGGGACUGAGGAGGCAUCCACUGGCAGACGAGAUGGCAGAUCCUGCAGUCUUGCAGCCUGGGGUGAGAAUCCUUAGAAGGGUAGGAUCCCACCUCUUGCCCUGCGACUGUCCACCUGGGGUGGAGGCUGGCCGCUGCCAUUGAUUGUUCUGGGAAGCCCAGCCGCACCCUCCCCACACACUGUAUACAGCUGCCUCCCCGCUGUUUAUUUAUUGCACGAAUCUAAGUUAUUCUCUCCAGCCAGAGCCCUUGCGCCCACUCCCUGGGAAAAGUGGCCCUGAGCUGGACUUUAUAUUUUAUAUCUGCAAAUAAAUCACAUUUUAUCUUAUAUUUAGGGAAAGCCAGAUGGCAACAACCAAAAAAUGUU